UCCAGCCUUCUACCAGCACCAUGUUCGUCUUCAGCCUCAGCAGCACACUCUUGCUCGCAGCGACGUGUUCGCUCAUAUCAGCAGACAGUCUUACCAUAUGUGAUGACAGCAUCAGUGUUCAACGGCUGAGCUGUGACAGUGGAGUGAUCAGUGUCCAGGGAGCUCUGUACGGACGUGCAGACAGAGUGACCUGCAGUGAAGGACGCUCUCCUCAGCAGCUCGCCAACACACAGUGCUCUCAGCGAGGGACUGCAGACACCCUCAGGAGGAGGUGUAACGGAAAGAAAGUGUGUGAACUAAACUCAGAUGUGGUUCGAACCUCUGAUCCCUGCUACGGCAUCUCAAAAUACCUGCAGACCAACUUUACCUGUCUGCCAGCAAUUCACCUGGUCGCUUGUGAGGGUUCUUAUGCAACCUUACGCUGUGACGUCGGCCAGGUUAUUGAACUGUAUGGCGCCCAUUAUGGACGUCUCGAUCGCUCCAUCUGCUCUUUCCAGCGUUCCGUGAAUCAGCUCCAGAACAUCUACUGCUCCAGGCCUGUGAGCAGAGUGGCUGAGAGGUGUAAUGGAAAAAACAGCUGUGCCAUCAGAGCGAGCAACGCAGAGUUUGGAGACCCUUGUUAUGGCACCUACAAAUACCUGGAGGUGUCCUACACGUGUCUAUAUCCCGCAUGAACACAUUGACAUCCUCAUUUUACAAUUAUUGUUAUUAUAUUUAAGAAAUAUCUCCAGCCUGGGUAAUUUUGAGAGAGAUGCUGGGAAAGAUGUUGAUGCAAAUGAUUAUUAAUGUGUAAAACCUUAUGUCCUGUUAUAAGACUUGGUUACGGUUUUUCUGCAA